AUGGCUAACACUGACUGUGUUCCUGAUGGGCGAGGCCCUCUGCUCAUAGAGUUGGAUGCUGACGACAGUGGGAACCAGCAGCCGCGCUGCGUCGGGAUCUUCCGGAGUGUGAAUCCCGGGCAGAUGGACGAUGUGAAGGCUUGGGGUAAACCUCGGGAGCCGCUGAGACGUCCCUUCAAUUUGCGGACCCAUCUGGCCACGAAGAAACCGGAGCCCCCCAAGAAGACAACAUCGGACGUGUCUGUGGACAGUUCGAGAGCUCCCAAUCGGUCGGAUGGCCCAGUCCCUGCUGUUGUGGAAGACUCCCGAGCAACGGCUGAAGUAAAGAGCGCUGAGGGGCCGGCAGGCUGGAGGGGAAUGGGCCCCAAUCCUAUCCAUGUGUCCCGAGAAUUUUGUGGCGUCCCUCCCUCCGUGAUAAUGGGGGGGAUAAGGUUGAGUAGUGGGGACACUUGGAGAGGUGGCAAUACAGGGCCUUCUGUGCCUUUGCCACAGGGUCCAGGGUUCUUUCCACCCAGAGGCCCACCAGUAGGUGGUCCUCUCUGUAAUCCCACUGCGAGAUUGGGAAUAAUGAUGCCGCCGCCUCCAGAAAAUUGGAGGAUGGCUUACCCCGAAGGGGGGCCUCCAGUUCGAUUCCCACCGGGAGGCCCCAGGUUCCCCAUGGAGGGCGGCCCAAGGCCUAUCACUUUUCCUUGCAGCAUUGCAGGUUUCCCUCCAUCCGCUGCCAUUCCGGGACCUCCCCGUUCCUCUCUGAUUCCCACUAUGCCUUUCGCAUUUGCUCCUCCCCAAAUAAUCCGUCCUCAGCCGCCCCUUCCUGAUACCGAUUUCCCUUCCUGGUGUAAAAAAAGGAUGGAGGACUUAAAGAAGUGA